UACUCAGAUUCGCAAACGCGCUUGUUUGUCCGCCCGUCACAGUCGCCCAUCACCGCCUUCAGUUUUAGCGGCGAUAAUUUUAAUCAACCAAGUUAUAACUGUCUUUAUCAAAUGCAAUCAUUUGUACGUGAUUAACGUAGAUUGGAAAAUAUAGUUACAAAAGUUGUUACAUACCUGGGUCGUUUUCGCUUAUUAAAAUGGGUGCUGAAAACGGAAGCAAGUACGAAGCAUCGGUAAACUCGGACAAGGACGAUAAAGGAUCCAACUUUUACGUAUACUAUUUGACAUGUUUCGCCACGAUCGGCGGCCUGCUGUUCGGAUACGAUACGGGCAUUAUUUCCGGUUCAAUGCUGCUGAUCGGAGAUAAUUGGAGCCUCACCACGAUCUGGAAGGAGCUGAUAGUGAGCGCCACCGUCGGCGCGGCGGCCAUAUUCGCCCUGAUCGCCGGCUACCUGACGGACUACAUCGGCCGGAAGAAGGUGGUCAUGAUUGCAAGUGUCAUCUUCACCAUUGGCGCCGUCAUCAUGGGGGCUUCCACCAACAAGGAGAUGCUCCUCGUUGGUAGACUCGUCGUCGGCGCCGGCAUAGGUUUCGCCUCGAUGUCGAUCCCGGUGUACGUGGCGGAGGCGUCACCGCCUGCAAUCCGUGGCCGCCUGGUGACCAUCAAUCAGCUCUUCAUCACCAUCGGCAUCGUCAUAUCCAGCGUCGUCGCCGGCCUGUUUAGUGUCAACAAGCAGGACGGGUGGAGGUACAUGCUGGGACUGGCGGGCAUACCGAGCGUCAUCCAGUUCUUCGGCUUCUUUGGGCUUCCGGAGAGCCCCCGUUGGCUCAUGGAGAAGGGGCGAAGGGACGACGCCCGGAAGGCGCUUCAGCAGAUCCGCAAGGUGCAGGGAGUGGAGAACGAGCUGCAGGAGAUACAGGACGCCAUCGACGAGCAGAAGAAACUGGAAACGGGCAAGGGUGUGCUGAUGCGUAUGCUGGGAACUCAGCCUGUGAGGCGAGCCCUGGUGCUUGGAUGUGGCAUGCAACUCUUCCAACAGCUGUGCGGCAUCAACACCGUCAUUUACUACAGCGCGUCUAUUCUGAAACUGGCCGGAUUUCCAGUGGAGUUGGCCAUAUGGCUCGUGUGUGUGCCUAAUGUCGUCAACUGCCUGUGUACCUUCAUCGGUAUCUGGUUGGUGGAGCGAAGCGGCCGCCGAUGGCUCACAAUAAUGAGCAUGAUAGGUGUGAUGAUCGGACUGGCGGUGCUCGCCAUCGGUUUCCAGCUCUCCAUUGUUUACACGCCAGACAUCAAAGUGUUCGAGGCCGGAACUGACGGAAACCUGUUCUCCAACGCAUCUAGCCAAUGCUUCGCGUACAGUAAAUGCGAGGCGUGCAUAAGUAACGAGUACUGCGGCUUCUGUUACGAAAAGGAGAGCCCCGCGUCCACUGGCAGCUGCCUCCCGGCAUUCAAAGACCACCCGGAGCAGUACGCGUUUUUCUCCGAGAACACCACGGCUAAUGGGGACGUGGAGUCACAUUUCCGGUGCAACGCGACGAACGUGUGGGAUCUUGAGCGCAGUAAGCGCACUUACUACUGGGCAGAUAGCUACUGUCCCACUGACUACAGCUGGAUGGCGAUACUGGGGCUGGCGUUAUUCGUCAUGGGCUUCGCGCCAGGUCUCGGGCCCAUGCCUUGGACGAUCAACUCAGAGAUCUACCCUCUGUGGGCGCGCAGUACGGGUACCUCCCUGGCUACAGCAACCAACUGGGUGUUCAACCUGAUUGUCUCACUUACCUUCCUCUCGCUUCUCGAGUCUAUUGGAAAGUACGGCACGUUCUGGCUGUAUUUUGGUAUCUGCUUCCUGGGUCUGAUAUUCAUGUUCUUAAUGCUGCCGGAGACCAAGAACCGUUCCCUGGAGGAGGUGCAGGAACUCUUCAUGUCCAAGGAGUACAAGGCCAAGCUCAGUCAGGACAAGGGCAAGGCACCAGACACGCACUUCUAGACCCCACAGCUGCCACCGGACAGGCCCGCAUGGCGAUAGAUUGCCGUCAUAAUAACAUGAUUUGGGUGCUUCAUUUGUUUAAAUGAAUGAUGACAUGGCGGUCUUGCACAUUUUGUGACAUCUUUUUGUCUUUUACUUCUUGGGGAACUAAAUUUUGUCAUAGUAAUUACGAUUCUGCAUUUAGCAAUAUGUACACAGUUGUAAAAAUGAUUUAAUGGAUUCUAUGGUGUGGCCCUUUUGACUCCAGGGGCAUUACCGGUAUUGAACAAAGUUUGUAGAGAACCAAAAUACAAUGUUACCUACCAAAUAUGAAACAUGUGUGCCUUGUCGUAUUAGAGGAAACAUUAUUGUGAUCUAGAAGUCUAUAUACUGUCUGUAUUUAAGCACCUGGAUGUGGCAAGGUUUGACCCCACAAUGUUGAAUACCUAAUAUAUUAUCUGGACGUUUUAGUUUGUAAGAUGAAGUCUAUAUUAUCAAUAAUAAUCUAAGUUAAAAAAGGGUAUUUAACUUUUAACAUUUUGACAUUCACAACUUGAUAUCAUACAGAAUAGUACAAGCAAGAUUGCAUAAAUAAUGACAAGUGAUGGGGAACAUUUUCUGCAAAUUUGAUUCAUCGGACAGUCAAACAGAUCCAUUCCAUUCAAAAUCCAUUCAAUUUUAUUGACUCAUGAAAAUAAUUGUAAUAAAAUGUAUAUACAUGAACACGGAAAACGUUUUAUAUUUUAAUUUCUACAUCAAUAUUUCAGCUUGAACAGAAAUAUUUUUUUAUUCAUAUACAUGCCCAAACUGAAAUAUCAUUAUUUUGAAUAACGUGCAAAAAAAUGUCGCAAUUUUAAUUCGUUUAAAUCAAAUAAAUCACUUUCCAUUUUAGAGCAUUAUAACUUGUAGGGAACAAGGUCUCGUCAUCUCACAUGCUUCAUACCUGCACUGUAAACUUCAUCAGAAUAUGUGAAUAUGAUUUCACAGUAGUCUCAUAGUAAAUAGUUCUUGCAUUAUAGUAUUUUCGCAUUUCUACUGGAUAUAUACGAUACAUAUAUAUAUAUACAUGUGCUUAAUAUAAUAAACAGAAACACAAUA